UGAACGAGAAAAAAAUGUCAUGACAUACACUCAACUCCCUUAUAAGUCCCCCUCAAUUCCAUGCAACAAACCUCCAUUCUCUCCACAAAUACAAACAACCCAUUUUCCUCCUUCCACCUCUUCCCCAUUGCAUGGUCUCCCUCCUUCCUCACACACCAUCCACACGUGUGUCACCAGUGCUAACCUGAACCAGGGUCUGAGCCAUGGACCCCUCCCAGACACCCCCACAUGGCCUCACCCACGAAGAACUCACCGAGCUUGAUCCCCUCAUUAGGACAUACCACACGUUUGAGAGGCCCCCGCAAACAUGUACAUCGCUGAUCAUGCAGAAGGUGGAUGCUCCGCUUCGCACGGUGUGGCCGCUUGUGCGGAGCUUUGAGAACCCUCAAAGGUACAAGCACUUCAUCAAGAGCUGUUCAAUGAGGGGAGAUGGAGGUGUAGGGAGCAUAAGAGAUGUGACGGUGAUAUCAGGACUUCCGGCGUCGACGAGCACAGAGAGGCUUGAGGUGUUGGAUGAUGAGAAACAUAUACUGAGUUUCAGUGUAGUGGGUGGAGAGCAUAGGCUAAAAAACUAUAGGUCUGUGACAUCACUGAAUGAAUUUAGUAAGGAAGGGAAGGUGUAUACAGUUGUGUUGGAGUCUUAUGUUGUGGAUAUACCUGAUGGAAACACAGGCGAAGAUACCAAGAUGUUUGUGGAUACUGUUGUGAAAUUGAACCUACAAAAGCUGGCGGUUGUGGCAAUGGCUUCUCAACCAGGCGACAUGAUGGGUACACUAGAUGGUGAUGGUUGAGAUUGCAGCGAUGAAGAUGAUGGCGGUGAUGGGUUAGUUUUGCUUUUUCAAAUUUUAAUUUUAUAUAGGUUUGUGAUUUAAGGAUGAAAAAAGGAGUGGUUUGUGGAAGUUGGGGUGGUUUAAUAUUUUAGUUUUAGUGAGUGGGUUUAUUGUAAUUCUAUAGAUGAUCAAAAUCACAAUUGGGACUC